UAAGGCGUCCUGUCCUGGACACAGCCUGAGCCAGGGUGAUGCUGAAGAUGGUGACUUUCUUCCAAGGGUUUCCUGGCCAGCAGUCUGUGCCAGGGACCCUGAACUUCGCUGUAAGCCCCCAAAAGCCACGCUCUACAUCCGAGGCUGAAUCAGAGACCUCCAUGUCUGAGGCGUCCUCUGAGGACCUGAUGCCAUCCCCGGAGGCUCCCGAUGGGGAGGAGGAGUCUGCGAAGAAGAAGGAGAAGAAGUCCAAAGGACUGGCCAACAUGUUCAGUGUCUUCACCAAAGGGAAAAAGAAAAAAAAGGACCAGCCCAGAUUAUCAGAUCUGGAAGUGCAGCCCAAGCCCAGGCCCGAGUUAGAUGGUCCACUGCCCACAGUGGAGGAGCUCAAGGAGGCCCUGGAGCACGGGCGGCUGGAGGUGGCCUGGCAGGUGCUGGCGUUGGAGAGGCAGCUCGAGGCUGCGGCAGCGGCGGGUGGCAUGAGCAACGAGGAGCUGGUGUGGCGGCAGAGCAAGGUGGAGGCUCUGUACGUGCUGCUUUGCGACCAGGUGCUCGGGGUACUGCGGCGGCCGCUGGAGGCGGCGCCCGAGCGGCUGAGCCAGGCGCUAGCCGUGGUGUCGCAGGAGGAGCUCGAGGACCGGCGGGCGUCCGGGGGACCCUUGGCGGCGGCACUGGAGGCCACGCGCCCGCGGCGAUGGCUGCAGCGGUGGAGGGGCGUCGUGGCGGAGGUGGCAGCGGAACGUCUGGACGCGCAGCCGGCCACAGCGCCCGAGGGCCGCUCGGAGGCGGAGAGCAGGUUCCUGCACAUGGGUCGCACCAUGAAGGAGGACCUGGAGGUGGUGGUGGAGAGGCUGAAGCCGCUGUUCCCCGACGAGUUCAACGUCGUGCGCACCUACGCCGAAAGCUACCACUACCACUUCGCCAGCCACCUGUGCGCCUUGGCGCAGUUCGAGUUGUGUGAAAGGGAUACCUACUUGCUGCUGCUCUGGGUGCAGAACCUCUACCCCAAUGAUAUUCUCAACAGCCCGAAGUUGGCACAGGAGCUUCAAGGUGUCGGGCUUGGGAGCCUCCUGCCCCCAAAGCAGAUCAGAUUGCUGGAGGCCAUGUUCUUGUCCAAUGAGGUGACCAGCGUGAAGCAGCUCAUGGCCCGAGCUUUAGAGCUGGAGUCUCAGCGCUGGACCCAGGAUGUGGCUCCCCAGAGCCUGGAUGGCCACUGUCACAGUGAGCUGGCCAUCGACAUUCUCCAGAUCAUUUCACAAGGCCAGACUAAGGCUGAGAACAUCACUUCGGACGUGGGGAUGCAGAUAAAGCAGUUGCUGCUGGUGGAGCUGGCUGCACUACUGAGGAGCUACCAGCGCGCCUUUGAUGAGUUUCUAGAGAAGAGCAAACUCCUGAGGAAUUACAGAGUCAACAUCAUGGCCAACAUCAACAACUGCCUGUUCUUCUGGACUUCCGUGGAGCAGAAAUGGCAGAUAUCUCAUGAUUCUCUGAACCGCCUGCUGGAGCCUUUGAAAGACCUCAAGGCCCAUGGCUUCGACACCCUGCUCCAGAGCCUAUUUUUGGACCUGAAGCCGCUGUUUAAGAAGUUCACACAGACCCGUUGGGCAAAUCCAGUUGAGACCCUGGAGGAAAUCAUCACUACUGUGAGCAGCAGCCUGCCUGAAUUCUCAGAGCUGCAGGACUGUUUCCGGGAGGAGCUCAUGGAGACUGUGCACCUGCACCUAGUGAAAGAAUACAUCAUCAGGCUCUGCAAACGGCGCCUGGUCCUCAAGACGGCCGAGCAGCAGCAGCAGCUGGCAAGGCACAUCCUGGCCAACGCGGAUGCCAUUCAGGGGUUCUGCACUGAGAAUGGCUCCACUGCAACCUGGCUGCACCGCGCCCUCCCUAUGAUUGCUGAGAUCAUUCGCCUGCAAGAUUCCAGUGCCAUUAAGAUCGAGGUGGCCACAUACGCCACUUGGUACCCUGACUUCAGCAAAGGCCACCUGAACGCCAUCCUGGCCAUCAAGGGCAAUCUACCAAGCAGUGAAGUCAGGAGCAUCCGGAACAUACUGGACAUCAACACGGGAGUGCAGGAGCCUCCCAGGCCCCUGUUCUCCCUUAUAAAGGUUACUUAGCUUUUCUGAAGGUCUGAUAUGCUAAUGAGGCCCAGGGAACACCAGGCACCACACCAGUUGGGGAUGCUCAGUGGCUCCAGCUCCAUGACCCAUCAUCAGGCUCCCACAUUCUGCUGUUGCUUCUGCCCAGCCCUGGCUCUGGAACAAGAUCUGACAGCCAAGAUCGCACAGAUGAUGGAUCCAGUGGGGUCCAGACCUCACUGAAGGGAGCUGACAUCUGAGCAUGCAAGAGAUUUCUUGUAAAUGAUUAUUCAUCUUGGGUAGAGUGACCUUUGUCUACCUACACUGUAGUCUGCCUUUUAACGGUCUGAGUUGCCCUGUCCAGCUCCCUAGGAUCAGGGGUGAAGCCUCAUUUAUACCAUUUCCUUCAGCCCAGGGAUGUCAUGAGAUAGAACUAAAAACAAGGGAAGAAAGAAGAACUAGUAUCUGACCCGGGGCCUGGAAGCAGGCCUGUGAAGUGCCCAUGACAGAGCUAGACCCUGCAAAGUGUCCCCUGGUACCACUCAGCUAGCAGGACCCUCUUAUUCACUCCCCAUGGGCUGCCCUGCCCCUCUGUGUGUGUAUGGAUGUGUUUGGGAAGUGACCCUGGAAGCCUUCGCAGAGCAGGGACCUCCCGGGUUCUCUCAGAUCAAAUCUUCUUGCAUUUAGGAAUAAGCCAGAGGCCACCGUCUGGAGUCUGGUGGGAGUGCAGGGGUCUGGCAAGUGCUUUACUGGCUUCCUGUUGGUGCUGUGCCAAACUUCCACGGCAAGUGGGCUUGAACUACCACUUUUCCUUCAGUUCUGCAAAUCACAAGUCUAUUAUCAGACUGAAGUCUAAAUGUGGUCAGGGCCCACUGCCUCUGGAAGCCCCAGGGAGAAUUGUUUCCUGGUCUUCCCCAGUCUUUAGAGGUUACCCCCAUCUUUUGUCUGAGGACCUUGUACCUUCAGAGCCAGGGACAGCUACAUAUGCUCCUCACACCACCACAGUCUCCACUGGUUCGGAUCCCACUGUGACUUAGGAUCCCCGUGACUGCAGUGAAUCUGCCCAGAGACUCAGCAGCCACCCCAUUAACUAACUCCUGUCACCCAAUAGUCAUUGGCUCUGGGGACCAGUGGGUCCCACGGGGGCUACACUGGAAAACAGCAAGGCAGUUUGCCAUCAAGGCACCUGCUACUCCACAGAUCCUGCUCCUCUCUAGCCAUGAGAGCUCUUCUCGGCACUGGCCCAGCCUUGACUUGUCAUGAUUCGAGGCUGGGAUUUGAAGCUUCUCCUCUGUCCCCUCCCCCAGGUACUUGCUGGAGCUGGCCAGGGUGAGCAGCACACACAGCCUUUGUAUUCUUGUAGACGACCGCUUGUUGAUGACAUUAAUAUUGUUAAUAUUAUUUUUAUAGUGUUGGUUUUGUAUGUGUGUACUCAGGACAGAAUCCAGAGAUUUCUUUUUUAUAUAGCUUGAUAUAAAACAGAUUUCAAAAGUGA